AUGGCUUCUAGUUUCAUCCUUACUCUCUCGGGCCCUGAUCGUCCCGGGAUUGUGCAUGCCGUGACGGCUUUCCUGGUCGAGCACAACCUGAAUAUCAUCAAUUCCUCGCACCGGCCCCACCGAGCUCCCGCAACUCGAACAGCUCCGAGAGGCCUUUCAGUCUACCGCGCAUUCCUUCUCGAUGGAUUACGAAAUUCACCCACCGCAAAGAAGCCCCGCGUCCUGAUCAUGGUCUCGAAGAUCGGGCACUGUCUGAACGACCUCCUCUUCCGCCAAUCGACGGGCCAGCUGAGCAUCGAAGUGCCGCUGAUUGUCUCCAAUCACCCAGACUUCGCAACCCUAGCGGCGACCUACAAUAUCCCUUUCCACCAUCUUCCUGUGACGGCCGAGACGAAGAGUCAGCAGGAGUCUCAGAUCCUUGAGCUGGCCAGCCAACAUAACAUUGAUCUGAUUGUCCUGGCUCGCUAUAUGCAGGUGCUCUCGCCGAAACUGUGCGAGGCGAUGUCCGGUCGCAUCAUCAACAUUCACCAUAGUUUCUUGCCUUCCUUCAAGGGCGCAAAGCCGUACCACCAGGCAUAUGACCGUGGCGUCAAGAUCAUUGGUGCCACGGCCCAUUUUGUGACCAGCGAUCUCGACGAAGGCCCGAUCAUCGAGCAGAAUGUUGUGCGCGUGAACCACAGCAUGAGCCCCAAGGAGCUCACACAUGCUGGUAGUAAUGUCGAGAGCAAUGUCUUGGCCACCGCCGUGAAAUACUUCGCCGAGCGGCGGGUGAUUCUCAAUGGACACAAGACCGUUGUGUUCGACUAG